GCUGAACGCCUCAAUGACGGCUGACAGACUCGGGAGCUACACGUGAUGGUCGGUGCGCGUCACCGAAGCGCUGUCGCUCGCCUGGAGACUGGAGCAAGGCUGGCUGACACUGUGUAGCAGGCUAUUGUAAAUAAAGAAUAAAACCCCCCAAAAAACUAGCAGGGAACAAAUAAGCAAGCCAGGCAGCAUCGGGUUAAGUGAUAGUAGUUUCUCUCAUUCAUUCGUCGAGUUGUCUGUUAGGGUGUUUUCAGUCCUUUUUUUUCUGAUUUGAGCGUGCCAAGUAAAGGGAAAGCUAAACAUGGCUGGUUUAAUGGUAGGUUUUGGUCAUUACACCCACGCCGUCGUCCGGGGAAUCCCGGCGUCCCUGGCCAAAGAAGCGCUCCGGAGCAGCCAGUCGGAGGUGGACGUGGUCAACGCGCGGAGGGAGCACGAGGCGUACGUUGAGGUCCUGGGGACGAGGCUCGGGCUGGAGGUGGUCGAGCUCCCCGCGGACGAGUCGCUCCCGGACUGCGUGUUCGUGGAGGACGCGGCCGUGGUGUGCGGUGACACGGCGCUCAUCACCAGACCCGGGGCAGAGAGCAGGAGGAGAGAGACGGAGGCAAUGAAAGGAGCUUUGAAGGAUUUGAAUCUGAACAUUGUGGAAAUGACUGACGAGAACGCCACACUGGAUGGAGGAGAUGUGCUUUUUACAGGUCGUGAGUUCUUUGUGGGCCUUUCCAAACGGACCAAUCAGAGAGGAGCAGAAAUCCUAGCAGAUGCUUUCAAGGACUAUGCUGUGUCGACCGUGCCUGUGCUGGAAGGGCUGCACCUGAAAAGCUUCUGCAGUAUGGGAGGACCCGGCCUUAUUGUUAUCGGCUCCAGUGAACCAGCACAGAAAGCCCUCAAAAUCAUGCAGCAAAUGAGUGACCAUCGCUAUGACAAACUGACAGUGCCUGAUGACCUUGCUGCCAACUGCAUCUACAUGAACCUACCUAAUAAGGGACAUGUGCUUCUGCACCCCACAGCAGAGGAGUUUCCAGAGAGUGCGAAGGUGUUUGAGAAGUUAAAGGACCACAUGCUGAUCCCGGUGUCCAACAUGGAGAAGGUCAAAGUGGAUGGAGCUCUCACAUGCUGCUCUGUUCUCAUCAACAAGAAGGCCAACAUCUGAGCCCUCACCAGGAAGUCUCUCAUUGCAUGGUAACCUAGCGGAGCCGGUAUCCAAUCACCAAGGAUCCUGAGGUUUAGCAAAACUAUCUUGGUACUUAGAGAAAAGAUAGGCAAGUUUGUUGUUGCUGAGGGACAAAGAAAUAUAAAUUAUACUAAGUCAUCUGCCCCCCCCCCCCCCCCCCCCCCCCCCCCCCGAUGAUGAUGACUUUCAUUACUAAAGAUGACUUUAAUGACAUUAAACAUUCUUAAAAAGUGUGUGUAUAAUUCAAUUGACAUAAAACACAAUUAGUGUUAGGAUGUCUCUGUAGGAAUUAGGAUAGUACUUGAAAUGAGUCUUACUUUGCUCAUGAUUUGGAUAUUUUGUAACAUUUAUAAAAAGAUGAAAACAAGGCAAAAGAACAAGCUAGCUGGUUAGAAAAUGGGUCACAUAUUCUCCCCAUGUUAAGCCAUAUAUGUCGUUGACAGUAUUUGCAACUGUUGACAAACUAUUACAAUUUGAAUCCAUCUGAUCCCGGAUCAGAAGAGUAGUUGACUUUGUGCAAUGUUGAGGCCCCCCCCCCCCUUUGAACCUGCAGAGCCCACUACUGUCUAGACCAAACCUAGCUUACACUGUUUGAUAGUCCCAACCCUUUAAGAGAACCACACAGAACAGAGCACUGGACCAACAAAACCAGAUGGAACUGUCUGAUGAAUUGUUUUUGUUGCCAUUGAAAAGUGCAGUCUUACCAACAUUACACUGCAGAUUUAUGAAUUACAUAACUAACAGACAUCUGCAGUGGAAAAUGUUUACAGUUGUUUUAUACUGAUUACAUUCAGCAUUUUAACUGUGAUUUAAUUGUGUGUGUUUGGUUAUAUAAUGUAAUUAGGACUCAGUUUGUAAAUUUUAUUCUUAUUUUUCAAAAACUGUAUUUUUGAGCAAGAUGGAGAAAAUAAAUCCUGCUAUUGCUUUAAUAUGGCAAAGGUUAUAUUACUGCUGUUCUUUUUUGUUUGUUUUUUACAGUUGGUGCUGAGUAAAUUUAACAACCGUACAGUAUUUCAAAACCACAGACACACAAUUCUGUGUUUUAUAAAAUGCAUGGCCAUUUAUCUAAUGAGUUGUUUUAAUUUCUCAUAUUGAAAAUACAGUUCUUGAAAAUCCUUCUGGAGAUAUGAGCUUUCUGUAUGAUCACAGUGUUAUGCUGAUUUUAUGAUUAACAUGAAUUCUGCCAUUGAUGCCUGAGGUUCUCUUACUUUUCAUGGCUAUUAUUUACUUAUCAGUAUUGACAGAUCUCAAUAAUGGCCACCAGCUAGAGGAGCUAAUAGUAGCCUGUGAAUUUAUUAAGGACAAUUUGCUGCCAUUUUGUUAAGCAAGUUGGCGUCCGUUCUGGUGAGCCUUUGUUCAGAUUCAUGUGGUGAUGCAAAUUUCUUAAUCUGUCCCAAAAUUGUAGAGAACAGAAGUAGUUUUCUCACUCCAUUGGUUCUGUCUCUGUUGUUGAUUACACUGUUUCUUUUAUUUCCUGUCAGGCAGUUUUCACACGAAAAGUGACUCAGAGCAUGCUGUGAAACUGAUGUCUGUUCCACUAAAUCCAAUAGCACCAAAUGUGACUGCAGUGAGAGAGUUUGCACUCAGCAUGCAGAACAAGCUAACUGUUUGGUGUGUUUCCAUGUGAGUUCACCAUGGUAGCUGCAAACAGGAGUUUAAAGUAUGCUGAUGAGUUCUGUUUUGGUGGCCUUAUCUCUGUUGAUGCUAAACUCAUGUUUGAGUUCUGUACAUAUGACAAUAUAGUGUAUGUAAACAUGUAUACUGUACGUACACUAAAUGUACACGUUAAAGCCCAUCACAUGUGAAACCACGUAUAUUCUCAAUGUGAUUGUAAGUGAAAGUUGAGGAAAUGACAUCAGGAGGUGAUUCAAUGAUUCAACCUCCCUCUGUUGACGUUUGUGUAAGGGCAAGUGGGCAGUGAUGAAACAUGGAAAGAAUUCCUGUUGGGAGGAGAGGCUUGUGCACCAGUAAACACUGACUCUUAAACUUUCUCUGUCUUUCUGUCUCACUCUCUCCUACCCUCUGCUAUUGCCUCAUCUGGACGAGCUCUCUAAUUUAUGGCGAUGAUAUCAUACAGUCUGGCGAACACUAUAGAUGUGAUGGCCUGCCGUUAAAGUGUGACACUAGUAGUAUAUUUUACAGAGGCGGCUGGCUAGAUGCAGGGUGAUAGCAUAGUUGCAGAGCAUCCAGUUCUGAUUCUCAUGCACUUACCUCUAAAGGCCAGGCAGGACCAGUCAUACACAGUCUGGUCAGUAUAAUGUCAACCAGGGUUAAGAGUUAGCACCAUUUACUUGCUAAAUUCAGGUAAAUAUGCAAGUGGCUGGUAGUUUGCUUCACUCACCAGCCAAAACAACUGUAAUCUAUAGGGUUGAGUGUUGUUUCGAUUUGCACGAUUCUGAUUCUAAUUCUGAUUCCUCCUUUUUGAUUCCGCUUCUUAUCAACUCUAGAUUCGGAUUCUCUGAGGGGUGGAGCUGAAACAGGUCACAUGCUUAUUUCGCAGAUAAGAGGAAAACAUUAUUUUAAUUCAAUGGCGAUUUGCAGUUUUACAUUUUAACGUAAAAUAAAGCCACACCGCUUACUGUUCUCCUGCUGCAACACAACAAGUGCUUGGAAGUACAGGGCCAUAUAUACUAUAAUCAAAACUUGCAUGUGUAAAAUUUGGAACCAAUGUUCCCAAUUCAAACCAAAUUUUCCAAACAAUUCCAAUAAAAAAGAAUUUAAAAAAUUGAAAUUGUCAUUUUUAGAAAUGAUUCCAAAUUAGAACAGUUUCUCUAUGCCCAACCCCAGUAAUCUACGAAUUGAUGAAAAAUGAUUACUUGCCAUUUAGCUGGUGGAUGGGAAAGUUAAUUUUGAACCCUGAGUGUCAACCAUUAGAUUUUUUAUUGCUCCAAAUCACCCACUGGUUGGACAGCUCUGGUGAACUAUAACCUUUUCCUAUACUGAUUUACAAUCAAAACACUUAGUACAUUUUGAGCUCUUUGCUGGCAAGGUUGUCUGUGAAUAACUGCUUCUAAAAAAAGUGUCCUGACUUUGUUAUCCUCUGACUAAUCCCCUCACUCAUCACAGUAGUCAUGAUGUGUUUGCCCUUGUUCCAACUGAGGGCUCUUAAAUUUCCUAAGAGUUGUGAGUAAUACUUAUUUGAGUCAUAAAUUGAGCCUUUUUUGUGUUGUGCCUACUUUCUGUAAUAAAUUAACCUUGCAUUCA